CAUUAAUCUUGCCUUUUUAUUUGAUUUAUAAUUUGCGCCCAAAGUUUAUUUUGUAAAAGAUGCAAAGACCAAACACAAACUACUACGCACCAAACCAAAGUCCAAUAAUAUUACAACUAGGAGGCAUGGCGACACUUGAAGUUACAGAUAUAGCCUUGGUUCAACCUUCUUCUCACCAACCUUCCUUCAACGACCAAACACUACCGCUCUCUCAUCUCGACAACGAUAACAACCUCAACGUUAGCUUCCGUUACCUCCGCGUCUACUCCUCAUCUCCCUCCGUCGCCGGAAAAUCUCCCUCCGCCGUCGUCACCGCCUCACUCGCCGCCGCUCUAGUACACUACUACCCACUCGCUGGCUCUCUCCGCCGCUCCGAGUCAGAUAACCGCUUCGAACUAUACUGCGCCGCCGGUCAAAGCGUCCCUCUUGUCAACGCUUCCGUUAACUGCACGCUCGAGUCCGUCGGGUAUUUAGAUGGACCCGAUCCAGGCUUCGUGGAGAGGUUGGUACCGGAUCCGACCCGGGAGGAAGGAAUGCUCAACCCCUGUAUCCUCCAAGUCACGACGUUUCAGUGCGGUGGUUGGGUCCUAGGCGCGUCGCUUCACCACGCGAUCUGCGACGGUUUAGGCUCGAGUCUGUUCUUCAACGCCAUGGCUGAGUUGGCACGCGGAGCGAGUCAGAUUUCUAUCCAACCGGUUUGGGACAGAGCGCGUCUUCUUGGUCCAAGAGACAGCCCUUGGGUUGGAGCUCCGGUUCGUGACUUCUUGUCCCUAAACAAAGACUUCGAUCCGUACGGACAAGACAUUGGAGAGGUCAAAAGAGAGUGCUUCCUCGUGACAGACGAGUCUUUAGACCGUUUCAAGGCUUUGUUACUCGACAAAUCUGGUUUGAACUUCACCACGUUCGAAGCCCUAGGUGCUUACAUUUGGCGUGCAAAAGUAAGAGCUGCGAAGAUUGAGGAAGAUGAGAAUGUGAAGUAUGUGUAUUCGAUAAAUAUAAGGAGGUUAAUGAAUCCACCGUUGCCUAAAGGCUACUGGGGGAACGGGUGUGUGCCAAUGUAUGCUCAGAUCAAAGCUGGAGAGCUCCUGGAGCAACCCAUUUGGAAAACCGCUGAGCUUAUAAAACAGAGCAAGUCCAAUGCUAGUGAUGAAUACGUUCGCUCCUUUAUCGACUUUCAAGAGCUAUACCACAAAGAUGGGAUCAAUGCCGGUUCAGGAGUGACUGGAUUCACGGACUGGAGAUACUUGGGACAUUCAACGGUGGAUUUUGGGUGGGGAGGACCUGUGACGGUUUUGCCACUAUCGUACAAGUUGCUUGGAAGCAUGGAGCCAUGUUUUUUCUUGCCAUAUUCUGGUGAUGCUGGAAGUAAGGACAGUGGGUUUAAGGUUUUGGUGAAUCUACGUGAGUCUGCAAUGCCUGAGUUCAAAGAGGCCAUGGAUAAGUUCCACAAGGGUGAUGAGUUUGUGCUGACUUGAUCAACAACAAUUCAACCUCUGUAAAGGCACAAUAAACACACAAACACAUGCAUGAAAAAUAAUAAAAUAUUUGUAUAAUUUUGAUGUGUUUUCAAGCUUGUUGUAUGUGAGAAUUGAAGAGCAUGAACGAGAGAUGCCUUGCUGAAUGUUUCAUA